AUGUCGAACCCCAUGCCACCACCAGAGUUCAAGCCUCCAGCUGAGAAGCCAGCUGAGAAGGCAGGAGGAAUGAACCAAGAUGACUUCAGGAAGAUGCUAUCGACACCACGAGCGGCUCCAGGAGGACAGACAGGGAUCAAGGGAACGUUUUCAGGAGGCGGCAUGAGAGCUCUUGGCAUGGCGAACAGGACAGCCCGUGCCCCAGUACCCCAGACACCACGAUCAUCUGAUGGGGGUUCGAACAAGUACAAGCACAAGAAACCCUCGCAAAAGAACCCAAACAAGGAAGCCUCGUCAGCAACAUCAAAGUAUAGAGACAGAGCAACAGAGCGUCGGCAGGGCGUCAACCCCGAUUAUGUGGAGACGGAACAAAUCCUUACGACUCUGGAGGAGGCUGCGGCUGAUGUAGCUCCGGAGGUCAUCUAUGAGCAGUCCAAGUUCCUAGGAGGAGACAGGGAGCACACGCAUUUGGUCAAGGGCCUGGAUUAUGCGCUGCUGAAGAAGGUCAGACAGGAGGACAUAGAUGAUACCCCCGAGGCCGACUUGGACGAGGUCUUUGAGGCGGUGGAGAAGUCAGCAGGGAAAGCCGAGGCAAGCACGACUGAGCAGCUGCCAGAGGAAAGGCCCGUGAUGAGUAGCGCACUCGCAAGCAACAUCUACAAGUACGCGAUCGAGGAUUUAGGCAGGAAACCCCCCAAGGUCAACGAUAUGUUUAUACCGGGGCGGACAGUGUUCAUUUUUGAGGUGCCCAUCACCAAGAAGAGCAAGAAGUCCAAGGACGGAGUGGUCGAGGACAACAACCCCUUCGUGGCCCCAACAACAGUGGUCAGGAGCAAAGCUGAUGUCGAUCUGCACCAGGCCGGUGUGGUGGAGAACCCAGAAGCAGAUAUGGUGAUGAAAAAGGUCAUGCACGUCUUGACUGCGAUCCGUACGGGCGAGCGUAAGGUCGGGGACAGUGAAGCCGAGCUCAAGGCGAAGCGGAAGGCUUCUGCUGCCGCUGCUGCCAAGGCGGCCGCACAAAGGCUACAGGACGAGGAGAUCUUACCUAUGGUGGAGCCGGAUGUCGAUGGUGAGGACAUCUUUGCAGAUGUGGGUCGGGACUACGUUCUGGAGCCUACUUAUGGCGAUGAGACGUCAGCACCACAAAGCGCCAUGGAUGUUGAUGGCGACGAUCAAGGACCGAUGGUUGGACCCUCCAGGCCGGACGACGUUGACAUGAGCCACUACUUUGGCGAGGAGAGCGACGACGAUGAGGCUGCAGGGGAUGCGGAGGACGCGGAAGCAUAUGCCCAGGGAGGUGUUUCAGUGGAGGAUGCGCCGGAAUUGGGACCAGCAAGACCUACUGAGAUGGACAUGUCGAACUACUUUGACGAUGACAGUGAUGAGGAAGACAGUGGUGGCAAUGAAGGCGGUGAGGUAGAGGAAGUCUCAGCAAGUACGCACAACGAAUCUGGAGAGGUGCUUCCAUCCAAGUAUGCACCUCCUACAGCACCAGAGUACACGACACCGCUCAACGAGAAGGCAUUGUCCGGCCGGAAACCAAGGUUGGAUGAUCUGGAGGUGGAUGAGGACGCCGACUAUUACUCUGCAUACGGCCUUGGUAUGGGUGGGCGAAGCUACACAGGAACUGCAUACGACUCGGACGAUGAGGAGGAUGAGGGACAAUCGACUAUCUUGAUCGACAAGGGCACACACAAGAACAAACGGGCUCAAUUGGGCCGGUUUGACUUUGAUACCGAGGAGGGCUUUAAUCGGUACAAGGAUACGGUUGAGGUGAUUCCCAAGACGUCAUUCCAGUACGGUGUCAAGAUGAGCGAGGGCCGAAAGACUGGUUCCUGGGAUGACGGAAAGGGCAAGGGUCUUAGUAAGGACGAGAAGCUCGAUCGCGAUUGGCAGCGGAUUAGUCGUCUUAUGGAAAAAAAUAACGGCGCUAGCGGCGGCGGCAACCAAAAGUCCAGGUCACGGCCAGACGACGGUUCCUCCGGCGGCGGCGGUGGUGGAGGCGAUAACCGAAGCAAACGCCGCAAGAACCGGUGA